UUCUCUGGCAGUAUUCCAUUCAGUCGCCAGUGAGAUGAGGUUCCAACUGGUGCGAUUGUGUACUGACAGAAGUCAAUAACAAAAGCUGAAAACGUGAUGUAGUACAAUUUUAUAUUCAUUAUAUUAUAUUGAUUUCAGUUGGUUGAGUAUAGAGAAUUUAUUUAUUAAAAUAGAUACGUGUACUGUCUUGUACCUACAUGUGAUCUUCUGCUAUCGAUCAUGUCGAAGUGUGUUCACAUGCUCAAAUAGAUUUAUUUACACAAAUUAUUUGUAAAUGGGUGUUGUGAAGUAAAAUAGUAGCCCAGACAAUACAAGAAAUAACUCGAGUUCUACAAUAAUGUUUGUUCCGGCGCUUUUUUACACUAACUAGUCAUCAGGUAAGCGUUGAUAUAGACAACACCCAAUCCACCGGUGAAGAGUGUCCGUCUUGACGGGAAGUGAAUAGGCUAAAUGAAGCUUCGUAGGUACCGUCCAAACUGCAAGAUAUCUGAAUCUGACUAGCUGCAGGUUGCGUCAUUUUUUCUGCGUUUUUAAAAAAUGAACUAUAGAAAUUUUUAACUCAAACUAUGACACUUAUCGUUUGUAUUGACCUCUAAAUACACCACAAUGGAGGAUAAACAAAGAACACUACUUAAUCCAAGCAAGCAAUCACUUCACCCCAAACAAAGAGCCAGCCUUCUGUCAAACAUAUUUUUCUGCUGGGCUUUACCUCUGUUUGUGAAGGGCUUCAAAAAAGAUCUAGUUGAAGAUGAUCUCUGGGGGACCCUCAAAGCGCACGAAUCCAACCUAUUAGGAAACAGACUGGAGCAAGCUUGGUUGAAAGAAGAAAAUUCUCGCAGAAACCCUUCAUUAUGGAGAGCUUUAAUCCGUGUGUUUGGAAAAGAAUGUGUCUUUUAUGCGUUUAUUGUAGCGGUAAUGGAAUUUGUGAUCAAAAUGUCCCAACCGUUAUUCCUAGGCAAACUCAUGGAAUAUUAUACACCUAACCAAACAACAGUGAGUAAAAAUACCGCGUAUCUUUACGCAGGUGGCAUUGUGGGGAUAUCUUUCCUCAAUGUUCUUAUGGGCCAUUCAUACAUGUUGGGCCUUCAAGAUCUGGGAAUGAAAAUUCGGGUCGCAAGUUGUUCCUUGAUUUAUCGCAAAUCUCUCAGAUUGAGUAAAGGUGCCCUUCUCGACACCACAGUUGGCCAGAUGGUCAAUUUGUUGUCAAAUGACGUCAACAGAUUUGAUAUGUGCGUAACACAUAUGCAUUAUUUAUGGGUCACUCCUAUUUUAACCAUUAUUGUUAUGUAUUUAAUGUACACAACGUUGGGAUCUUCAGCACUAAUAGGAAUCGCAAUUCUAUUGUCAUUCAUACCUCUUCAAAUGUACUUGGCUAAAAGAACAUCAGUGUAUAGAUUACGUACGGCCUUGAAAACUGAUGAGAGAGUGCGAUUAAUGAAUGAAAUUAUCUGUGGUAUUCAAGUUAUCAAAAUGUACACAUGGGAAAAGCCUUUUGCAAAACUAGUUGAUGUGGCCAGGAAAUUAGAAAUUCAUCAAAUCAAAGUCAACUCCUACAUCCAUGCGUUAAACAUGUCCUUCAAACUUUCCUUAAACAGGACUGCCAAAUUCUUAUGCAUUUUGACUUACGUGUUAAUGGGAAACACUUUACAAUCUCACUAUGUUUACUUAUUAACAGCCUUCUAUGGCAUGUUGGGGCAAAAUCUGAUCACGUUCUUCCCAACAGCAAUUACAAUGCUGGCGGAAACAAAUGUUUCUGUGAAAAGAGUUCAGAAAUUCCUGAUGUCGGAUGAAGUUGAAACUGGGUAUAAAAUUAAAGGACAGAUCAAUGAUAACAUCAGUGGCAGAAAAAACAAAAAAGCGAAGAAUGGGUCAAUCGCGUUAAUUAAGGAAUUGGUGACAACAGAAAAGACAGGAAUAUAUUUAGAUCAAGCCUCUGUUAAGUGGGUUUCAACCUCCACCGACUAUACUUUAAGUGACGUGAACGUGAAUGUCGGUCCUACUCAAUUGGUUUCGGUUAUUGGACCGGUCGGAAGUGGCAAAACUACCCUUCUGCAUGUGAUAAUGAAAGAACUUUCGUUGCUCAAAGGUACCCUAGACGUUGGAGGAACAAUUUCGUACGCUUCGCAAGAACCGUGGUUGUUUGGUGGCAGUAUUAAGCAAAAUAUACUGUUUGGACAGAUAAUGGAUAUGAAACGCUACAAAGAGGUCGUUAGAGCUUGCGCUCUGGAUCGCGAUUUCUCUUUGUUUCCUUACGGUGAUCGGACUAUCGUAGGUGAACGUGGCGUGAUGUUGAGUGGAGGACAGAAGGCGAGGAUUAAUUUAGCCCGAGCGAUCUACAAAGACGCAGAUAUUUACUUAUUGGAUGAUCCUCUAUCUGCGGUUGAUACUCAUGUGGGCAAGCAACUUUUCGACGAUUGCAUUGUUGGAUAUUUAAGGAACAAAUGUGUGGUUUUGGUAACUCACCAGUUGCAGUAUCUCAGAACUGUUGAUGGGAUUUAUUUGAUUGAAAAUGGCUGCGUCACCGCUAGCGGAACUUACACGGGGUUGAAAAAGUCUGAAAACGAAUUCUUUACAUUAUUAGAAGGAGAACCGGAUGAGGAAGAAAAUAAAAACAUAUCCACAGUGGAGAAAGCAAAAUCUUUGACAAGUUUGGAACAAGUUGAUGUACCUACCGAAGUUAAGGAACACCGGGAAACUGGAAACAUAUCGAAAAGUGUGUAUACGAGUUACAUCAGAGCUGGAGGAAACAUUUGUGCGACCCUGUUUUUGGUCACUUUGUUUAUCCUGGUUCAAUUGACCAGUAGCGGUUCCGAUUACUUUUUGACUUUCUGGGUUAACCUAGAACAAAUUCGGUUAGGACGCAAUCAAACGGAGACGUAUACUAACAGUGACAGAAACGAGACAAACAUGCGUGAAGAAUUUGGAGAAAUUUUCUUUACCUCGGAAAAUUGUUUAUACCUUUAUAGUACAUUGCUAGUUCUUGUGAUUUUCAGUUCGUUAUUUCGGUCAUUGAAUUUCUUUAGAUUUUGCAUGAAAGCGUCAAGAAACUUACACAAUCGCAUGUUCACUAGAAUCGUAUACACGUCUAUGCGGUUCUUCGACGUAAAUACUUCGGGAAGAAUCCUCAACCGAUUUUCAAAAGACAUGGGAUCGAUCGAUGAAGUUCUUCCGACAGCCAUGAUCGACACCAUACAGAUUGGUAUGAUUGUCUUUUCCAUUAACAUUGUCGUGGGUAUAGUCAAUCCUUGGAUUUUAAUACCUUCUGUUGUAUUAUUUGGGUUGUUUUAUGUUUUCCGAAUUAUCUAUUUGGCAACUAGCAGAGAUUUGAAGAGAUUUGAAGGAACAACUCGUAGUCCCGUUUUUACACAUAUGACAGCAUCUUUGCAAGGGUUAACAACGAUAAGGGCUUUCGGUACUCAAGAUAUUCUCCAAUGUGAGUUCGACCAACACCAAGACUUGCACAGCUCGGCUUUUUACAUGUUUCUCGGUUGUAAUCGAACGUUCGGUUUCUGGCUUGAUUUGCAUUGCGUAAUUUACAUAGGUCUAGUAACACUUAGUUUCCUUUUCAUUGGAACAGAAACGUACGGUGGUAAUGUUGGUCUCGGCAUCACCCAAUCAAUAGCUUUAACAGGAAUGCUUCAGUGGGGAAUGCGCCAGUGGAGUGAGCUAGAAAAUCAGAUGACCUCCGUAGAACGUGUGGUCGAAUAUACAGAAAUAACUCCCGAACCCGACGACGAAACAAAAAAUCCUUCACCUUCUUGGCCUACUGCAGGCGUUAUAGACUUCCAAUCUGUCUCAAUGAGAUAUGCACCAGAGGAACCAACGGUACUCAAGAACUUGACCUUCACAAUAAAAUCCGCGGAAAAAGUGGGAAUUGUAGGACGAACUGGUGCCGGGAAGUCUUCGUUGAUUUCGGCUCUUUUCCGCCUAGCGGAUGUGGAAGGAGCAAUCGUGAUCGAUGGCGUCGAUACGAAGACAAUAUCACUACGAAGUUUACGUUCCAAAAUCUCCAUUAUUCCCCAAGAACCUGUGUUGUUCUCUGGAACGUUGAGAAAAAAUCUUGAUCCAUUCGAUGAAUACAGUGAUGAAACACUCUGGGACGCGCUAGAAGAAGUAGAACUGAAAAGCGCCAUCUCAGAUUUGCCUUCAGGAUUACAAAAUAACGUUUCAGAAGGAGGUUCCAACUUCAGCGUCGGUCAACGUCAAUUGUUAUGUCUGGCUCGAGCUGUCGUUCGUAGUAACCAGAUCAUGAUUCUGGAUGAGGCUACAGCAAAUGUGGAUCCUCAAACAGAUGAACUGAUCCAGACUACCAUUAGAAGGAAAUUUAAAGAUUGUACGGUGUUGACUAUAGCUCAUCGGUUGCAUACUGUGAUGGACUCGGAUAAGAUUCUAGUCAUGGAUGCUGGGCAAGUAGCUGAAUUUGAUCAUCCACAUCUGCUGUUGCAGGACACGACUGGAAUCUUUUAUGGGCUAGUGAAACAAACGGGUAAAGGAAUGGCGGAAAAUCUUAUAAAAAUAGCGGAAGACGCCUACAAAAGUUCGAAGUGUUGUCCUUAAAUGUGAUAAAUUAGAUGAAUACAUUUUGAUUCCGUACAUUAGUGUUUAAUGUACUUAAUGUUAAAAAAUAAAUGUAAUACGAUUUUUUUAUGUAA